UUAAAAAUAUAUCUGUCGGUGAAAGGUUUGACAUGGCAAAGUCAUCGCUAUCAAUAUAUUUUAUGCUAGUAAUUAAUGCUCUUUGCAUAAUUGCACCUGCAGUAAUAAAAUGGCCACAAGGAAUAGAAAUUGACACAAUUGCAAAUCAAUUUGAAAAAAGCUCAAAUAUUCCGAACGUUAUUGGUGCAAUUGACGGAACGUACAUUCCAAUCAAAGCUCUAAAAAUUGACGCAGAAAGUUACAUAAAUCGGAAACGCUUUCAUGCUAUUACAUUGCAAGGAAUAUGUGAUGCAUCAAUGAAAUUUAUUGAUUGCUUUGUAGGAUAUCCAAGUUCUGUGAGCGAUGUAAGAAUUUUUAGAAAUUCAGACAUAUAUACUAAUAUAAUGUCGAAUACAAAUCGCUACUUUCCUGGAAAUCAAUUUUUAUUGGGAGAUAAAGCUCAUCCUGCAUUACAAUGGCUAAUUCCACCUUAUAUCGAUAGAGGAAAUUUAGAUAACGUUAAAAAGCGAUUUAAUGAAGCUUUAUCAAAAUGCAGACAAAUUAUUGAAAGGGCAUUUGCCCUCUUAAAAGGACGAUUUAGAAGACUUAAAUAUUUAGACAUGAAUAGCACAAAUUUAAUACCAGCGACAAUUUUGGCUGCAUGUGUCAUACAUAACAUGUGCAUAGAUCAUGAAGAUACAAAUAUUAAGGAAUAUAUGAACGAAGGAAUAGAAGUUGAUGACAAUAUGGAUGAAAAUAUUAGAGGCCCAGUUCAAAAUUGUGAAUACCUUUAUUACAGAGCGUAAAUGUACGAGUAUAUCAAUUUUCUAAAGUAUAUUGUUUUGUAUUCUUUUAGUAAAUAAAUGAGUUUUAUAUCAAUUUGUAAUAAU